AGCUGGAGGGGGAGCCCGGGUGGUGCUGCUGGCAGCUGCUCCUGGGGCCCCCAUGGGGGACUGGAUGGUCGUGGUCACAUGGUCACAGGUCACACGGCCGAGGGAGGAGGAGACGCUGCGGUGGGCACUGCUCCGUGGCUCUGCCCCAGGGAUGCAGCCACUCCCGCCACCCGUGCCGGGGCCCCUGGCUCUGCUGGACACCGCAGAAGGCUUUGCCAGGAGGAAGAAGACCUCCCUGUGGUUUGUGGGGUCUCUGCUGCUGGUGUCCACCCUCAUUCUGACCAUCGGCCUUGCUGCUACCACCAGGACAGAGAAUGUGACGGUGGGGGGCUACUACCCUGGGAUCAUCCUGGGCUUCGGGGCUUUCCUGGGACUCAUUGGCAUCAACCUAGUGGAGAACAGAAGACAAAUGUUGGUGGCAGCCAUCGUGUUCAUCAGCUUUGGUGUGGUGGCUGCGUUCUGCUGUGCCAUAGUGGACGGUGUGUUUGCAGCACGUCACAUCGAGCUGAGACCUCUCAGCACAGGAAGGUGUCAGUUCUAUUCCAGUGGGACGGGCUACCUGUAUGAUGUCUAUGAGACAGAGGUCACCUGCUACUCCUUGAAUGGCAGGUGCCAGCUGAAGGUGAGGAGCAACACUUGCUACUGCUGUGACCUCUACGCCUGUGGAAGCACUGAGCACUCACCUGCCUACUAUGAGUUUGUGGGCGUGCAGAGCUGCCAGGACGUGGCCCACCUGUACCGGCUGCUCUGGGUCUCCACCGUGCUGAACGUUCUGGGCCUGUGCACGGGAAUCAUCACGGCUGCCGUCCUGGGGGCGUUCAAGGACAUGGUCCCGCUGUCCCAGCUGGCUUACGGCCCAUCGCCCCCUCCUCCUCAGAUCCUCUACAACCCUGCCCAGCAGAUCCUGGCCUACCCUGGCUUCUGCCCACCACCUUCCACUGUGCCAACCUGCUCCUCCUACCCUCUGCCUCUUCAGCCCUCCGGCACCCUGCCUGCCUCCGCCUCCGCUGACCUCUCUUUGCCGGAGGACCUGCGGCCCCCCUCCCAGGGCGGGUCCAGCCAAGGGCAGCUCCUCAGCGCCCCGCCACUCCGCACGCCAGCCUGCUUCCUCCCUGGGGAGAAGCCGCCCCCCUACACACCCUGAUAGCAGAGGGAGAGGGGCGUCACUUGAUUUGCCAACAUGAAUACGUAAUGCAAAGAAAGAAAAAGUCACCCCUAUAACUCCUGCGUCUGCAGUCAGCCUCCUAGCAAGGCCAGCGAGCGCUCGGAGACAGACCUCCUUCCUUCCUUCCCCCGCAGGCCCGCCAGCCAGCGCGGGCAGAGCCAGCCAUCCCGGAGCACAGCCCUAGACUCUGCUCUGCAUAGCCAGUAGGAAGGUCACCUUGGUCAUGGCCUCCUGGUCCCCGCCCCCCACCAAUGAGCAGGUGUUAGGGUUUGAGGGAAAUACAGCUCUGCACCUCUCAGCAUGACGGCCAUCCUUUAAGGAAGCAAGUGGCACAUUUACACAAGUAUAUGUCUCCAAGAAGAGGCGGAGCCUCUGCGCUUAGUGCCGUGUCUUCCUGAUAUUUAGCUGAACAAAAACAAGCUUUGCUCAAUAACCCUAGAGACACAUGGGCUCUGUCUAGCGAGGGCUACUCGUGGGGCAGAGACUACCUACCUGGCCAGAGGCCCCGUGCCUGAGCUGUGACAUAUCUACUGAGUCUGCUCUUCUUCCUGCUGCUCACCUGUGGGCCCUCUGGCCCCUGUGGCCUGACCCUCCCCGACUACAAGGAGGUUUCCCUGGGCAUCCAAUUCUGCCCUAAGCGGCCCGGGUCACACACGGAGUGCUCCCUAAGUCCCUCCUCUGCUACGCACACCUGGCGAGACAGGUGGGAACAAUGGGAUCCGAGCCCUGUCGAGGAGCCCACGGGGUUGCAGUGGGGGGGGAGGCCUCCAGGUGUCCUCCAAGUGUUGCUCUUUUGAGAUGAAGACCUCAGAAUUCAUAGUGUAUGAGAGGUUUCAACUGCCAAGGACAGACCCCAAAAUCUGGGCCAGCGCCCCCAGAGCUCUCCGGCCGGGAGGAGAGGAGGCGAGAAAGGCCACCGGAG